AACUCUACCUCUGCUCAAAUGUAUUAGUGUGGCUGCAGUAAUCCAACUCAACGAAUAACGUCGCAUUGAACUGAAAUAAAGAAUGUUGAUCACUUAUAUCCACCAGGUGGCAGCACACAACAGAAAUGUCUCUGCUCUGCUAUGAAAUCUCCGGUGAAGAAGGCUUUCAGUACGCUGCUGCCUCUCAGCGUACAGAGCAAUAGUUAAACAUCAGUGUAUGAGGAAAGUAAGCCUGUCCUUCCCUCCAGUGUUAUUUCUGUUACAGUUAUAUUUAUUUGGAGUUUUUGCACUGGAACCUGUCAAAUAAAGCCCAAGAAGAAAAGAGGACGCGCGAGACUUCAGAGUUUUUCUCUUUUGGUGUGUCUCCUGUUCGUUUGAUAGAAAAAUUCCAAGAGGAACAUCUUCUGCGCCCCGAGGAAACAUGAGCUUUCUUUUUGGAAACCGUUCAUCUAAAACAUUCAAGCCCAAGAAGAAUAUCCCAGAGGGCUCUCAUCAGUAUGAGCUGUUGAAACAUGCAGAGGCUACGCUGGGAAGUGGAAACUUGCGCUCGGCCGUCAUGCUGCCAGACGGCGAAGACCUAAAUGAAUGGGUCGCAGUCAACACUGUGGAUUUCUUCAACCAGAUCAACAUGCUGUACGGCACCAUCACAGAUUUCUGUACUGAGGAGAGCUGUCCCGUCAUGUCUGCCGGUCCAAAGUAUGAGUACCAUUGGGCUGAUGGGACCAACAUUAAGAAGCCCAUCAAAUGCUCGGCCCCGAAGUACAUUGAUUACCUCAUGACCUGGGUGCAAGACCAGCUCGACGAUGAAACGCUUUUCCCCUCAAAGAUCGGCGUCCCCUUCAAGCGUAACUUCAUGUCAGUGGCAAAGACCAUACUGAAACGUCUGUUCAGGGUAUAUGCCCACAUUUACCACCAGCACUUUGACUCCGUCAUGCAGCUGCAGGAGGAGGCCCACCUCAACACGUCAUUCAAACACUUCAUCUUUUUCGUUCAGGAGUUCACCCUCAUUGACAGAAAAGAGCUGGUCCCACUACAGGAGCUGAUUGAGAAGUUGACUACCAAGGAUAGAUAAACAGCAAUGCAACCCUAAUUUUAUUGUUCUUCUAGUUUUUUGCACAGAUACCCACCCCACCCUGGCUGUAUGUAUGCAGUAUAUACUAUAUUUCCAUUUGGGGAAAUGUUUUUAAAAAUGCCAGGAAGAAAGGAAGGGUUUUGAUAGGUUUAAGGCACCAGAACUAAUUUUAUCAGGGAUUACAACACUUAAUUGACCGACAAUAAAUUAACACUAGCAAGAAAGCAUUUAUCUUUAUGUAAAAAAAGACAAUGAUCCAACAUGGCAUACAUAUAGAUAAAAACCGUAUGUUCACUAGUUUUCUAUUAGAUUGCACAGAUUUUUUUAAAUCUCUGUCCCCCACUUGGAUUUACAGCAUCACAGGGCUGUGCGUCGUACGAAAGGAUGUUUUUGGUGUUGUGGCAAGAAUUGAAGCCAGCUUUUAUAGCGACGGUAGGAGUUUUUUCAUUCGGCGCAGAAAGAUCGGAGAUUGGGUUUGCUACUGUCACUCCUGACAUUUCAAUACAAAAUAAGCCUAAGUGCCUAGAAUGGCUCAUAAUUGCCCUAUAUCCACAGCGGGAACGUCAGAAGACGAAGGCCAUAAUGUCACUGAAUUACCUGACAUAACAUACAAAUGUCAACCUCCCUUCAAGUUCAUGUGAUUCUAAAUGCCCCGAAUCCCAGUUUACAAUAUGACUACUUUGGCUUGAUUGAUUUCCAAAAAACAAAACUCUUAAUUAGUUAGUCUCUUUGCUGAGUGUUCUGUGCAGGUUGUGAUAAACGAACGUGUUGAAGGACAUAGAGGUGAAGUUAGAAUUGUGUCAUGUUGUAGCAGGGACUAAUAAACUUUUUUGUCUAGUCACAUGUUCCUGGGUGUUAGUUUUGCCCUGAAUUCUUUAAAGUAGAAACAAAUUUUAGGAAAGGUUUGCAAGGGAUCUAAAACGUUAAAUUGUAUGUACAUAUCUGCAGAUAGACCUAGAGACAUGCUAAACCAGAAUUGUUUUAAAGGUAAAAAUAAUUUUGAAUUGGAUAAUGCUGCAUCCCUUGUUAUCUCAAUAGCCAUUAAGCACUUUGAACUAUUUUCCUGACCUCUCUUGCCUGAAUGUUUCUUCUGCAUAGGCUGUGCUUUGUGAGAAGCUGUAUCAUGUGACUGAUGAUUUUUAUUCCCCUCAUCUUUAUCCAAAUGAAUGUUGAAUGGCUUAACCUCGUCUAAAUAAUCUAUGAGGCACAAGUGAGGUUUUCUUACGCUUUUAUGAAGUUUGAGUUGUCGCCGUGCUUCGGACAGCAGGACGCAUGCACCCUUCCCCAAUGUCAAAGUGUAGUCUACUAUGCAAUGAUUGACAACACUAAAAGGGUUGCCUGUCGACUUGUCAAAGCUCUAUACCCAAUAUUUACUUUGCUGUAUGACGCUUGAAUUUGAGUGUGUGACAAAAAUAGAAAAUGCUUCUCUUUAACGGUUUAAACGCGGUGAAACAAAAGUUUUAUACCUGAGAUUUGUCAGAUGUGAUGCUUUGAUGCACACCUGUAAAUAAUGAGGAUUUGACUCAUCUUGAAAAAGAUAUUCAGCAAGCAUGGAGUGGUAGCUUUUGGUAAAAUGAAUGCAUCAAGUCUUUAUAGAGGCUGCUUCUUCUCCUUUGGAUGAGAAAAAACUCUUCUUUUACUUAUUCUGUUUUUUUGUUAGUUUUUUUUUUGUCCACCCUCUCAGCUUACUAUUAUGAAUGUUACUGGUUGACAAAUAACAAAAUGUGUAAUGGAGAAAUUGGUCAUCGUGAAAGCAUCACAGCCUAUUGCCUAUGGUUUUUCUUCUGUUACCGUAAUGAUGGAUAAAAUGUUUGUAAAUAAUGGCUCGGUAGAGGUUUUCAAUGCUACUGAAUUGAUUUAUGCUGUAAAGGCGAAUAAAGGUGGUCUUGACUCUUUGAAUCGCAUUCAUUUCCUAUC